CUAUUGCUCAUCGACCAAUUCAACACGAGCCGAUGCUGUCCGUCUUGUCAUAAUUUGAGUCUAGAGAAAUUUAAACAAAUCGACAAUCCUAGGCCCUACCAACGAAGUAACUAUCCUUUAACCCUUUGCCAUGGUCUUUUAAGAUGCACCAAUCAAACUUGUAUGACCAAGAUGCAAACCCAAGGAUUCCAGUAUAAGCUUUGGAACAGAGAUUUAGCCGCCUGUUUGAACAUGAUUUCAAUAAUUCUAAAUUUAAGAAACACUGGUCAAAUCUCAGAACGAUUUGCACGUGAUGCCCACCCAAAAAAACGUCCUCGAAUAGGUGAGUAA